ACCUGAGAACUGAGAUUAAGCUUGAUUAUUUCCUUUACAUUUCCUUGCUCAGCUAAAUUACAAUUCGCAGGAAUUGUUCUCUUCACAGAUUCCAUAAAAUCUAAAGAUCAGGGUUACUGUUUAGCUUGAGAUGGAGAUGGAUUAUGUUAUCGAGUUUCCUCAUAUUCACAUGGAUCGCCAUCCCAUGAAGAGGCCUAGAUUAGCUUGGGAUUUUAAUCAACCUCAGCAAAAGGCUCAGUCAUGGGUUUAUAAUGGACAAGAUGUUGGAAAUUUGACGAGCUUUGGGCCUUCGAGGGCACACCCAGAUCACACUUCUCUAUUUGAAAAGGGAUUAGCUCGAACAGUCUCUCCCCCUUGGCGAGAUGAUGACAAAGAUGGGCAUUACAUGUUUGCACUUGGAGAAAAUUUAACUUCUCGCUACAAGAUCUACCGAAAAGUUGGCGAAGGCACCUUUGGUCAGGUUCUGGAAUGCUUGGACAGGGAAACUAAAGAGAUGGUUGCCAUAAAAGUUGUUCGAAGUAUCAAAAAAUACAGGGAAGCUGCAAUGAUGGAACUUGAGGUACUUCAGUAUCUUGGUAAACACGAUAGGAAUGGUGGUCGCUGUGUUCAGUUACUCAACUGGUUUGAUUAUCGCAAUCAUAUCUGCAUUGUAUUUGAGAUGCUUGGACCAAGCUUAUACGAUUUUCUUCAGAAAAAUAAUUAUCGCCCCUUUCCGGUUGACCUUGUCCGGGAACUUGGCAGACAACUUUUGGAAUGUGUAGCAUUUAUACAUGAUUUACAUCUCAUCCAUACUGACUUGAAGCCCGAGAAUAUACUCUUUGUUUCUCCAGAAUAUGUGAAAAUACCUGAUGAGGUUAUCUCCUGUUCAGCAAUAAGGGACACAUGCCAUAGGAGGUUACCAAAAUCAAGUGCCAUCAAGGUUAUUGAUUUGGGUAGUGCAGUAUUUGAACACCAAGAUCACAAUUACAUUGUCUCCACGAGGCACUACCGAGCACCUGAGGUUAUUCUUGGAUUAGGAUGGGGCUACCCAUGUGACUUAUGGAGUGUUGGUUGUAUCUUGGUGGAACUUUGCUCGGGAGAAGCCUUGUUUCAAACACAUGAGAACUUGGAGCACCUAGCAAUGAUGGAGAGGGUUUUGGGUCCUUUGCCCCAGCACAUGUUGAAAAGAGCGCAUCGACAUGCUGAGAAAUAUGUCAAGAAAGGUAAGCUGGGUUGGCCAACGGCUGCUACCUCUACAGAAAGCAUUAAAGCUGUUAUAAAGUUGCCUCGUCUUCAGAAUCUGGUGAUGCAACAUGUAGAUCAUUCUGCGGGGUAUCUGAUUGACUUGUUGCAAGGUCUUCUUAAAUUUGACCCUGGCAGUCGAUUAACUGCUCGGGAAGCCCUCAGGCACCCCUUCUUCACUAAAGAUCAUUUCCAGAGAUUCUAAGUUUUUCCCUUUCUCCCCUUCUCCAGCUUGCUCAAGUAUGUAUAUUGAUGGUAGGCUUAGGCAAGAGGGGCUUGCUGUUGAUGAAAUUAAAAUGUUUUAUUUUUUUUUAAUCUGAGUAAAUAAAAGA